AUGACUAAACGAAUCUUACACGUCGUUACUAACGUCUCUCACUACGACAACCCAUCCCACCCUACGGGACUAUGGCUCUCCGAACUCACCCACGCCUGGCACGUCUUCGAGUCCCACGGCUUCGAACAAUCCCUCGUGAGCCCCUCUGGUGGCUCCGUGCCCCUUGAGCCGCGCUCUCUCCAAUUCCCUAGCUACGAUUCCACCGCUAAGAAGUGGCGCGCCGACCCUACUAAGAUGGCCCUCCUCGCCAACACCGCCGCGCCUGGGGACAUUAACCCGGCUGACUACGACGCCAUCUUCUUUACUGGUGGCCACGCCGUUAUGUAUGACUUCCCUGACAGUGUACGCCUACAGAGUAUCACCCGGGAGAUCUUUGAGCGCGGUGGCAUUGUGUCGUCCGUCUGCCAUGGCUACUGUGGGCUGCUGAACGUGAAGCUCACGGGCGGCGCGAACCUUAUUACGGGCCGGAAGAUAACAGGCUUCGCAUGGACGGAGGAGGUGCUGGCGCGCCUGAAUAAGAUAGUGCCGUACAACGUGGAGGAGGCGGCGAAGACGCGUGGCGCGGUGUAUAAGAAGGCGAGGCUGCCGUUUGUUUCACACACAGUGGUGGAUGGGAAUCUGAUUACUGGGCAGAAUCCAGGUUCGGCAACGGAUACGGCAAAAAAGGUAGCUGCUGCGCUGCUCGGUUCUUAA